AUUAUAUGAUGCUAAUUAAUAUCGAAACCAGAGAAUUCUUUCUUGAAGAUAUUGCAGUUAUGCCAUGCAUACACUGUUUAUAAUACCAUGUCGCAGCCAUUUAAUGGCUUAUGGUAUACAACAAUGGACUGGCCAAGACUGCUUCUGAAUUGUUCUGAACGUAUAAAAGAACCACUUUCAGACUCUCACUCAAUCGAGACCAUAAAAGUACCAGCUCUACAUCUGGGUUGGUUCCAUGUCACGCGUUUGCAGGACUUCCCAUACCUGAAAUCUUUGCCUAUUGUGUUCUGUUCGGUUCCCCUGGACCGAGUCAUCUCAAAAAGAGAUAUUGCGCUCUCAUCGAGGCAUACACACUUCCUCUCCGAGUCCCAAAAUCAUAUGGCCAAAAACGUUCCUCACAGCGUUCUUUAUGAAGCCAAUAGAAGAGUCUGUUUGUCCGUUCAAUCAUGGAUUCAACUGUUACGGCGUUGUGCCCUGAUUUUCAAUGGGAAGAAGAUGGUGUCUUUCCAGAAGAGGAUGACUUAUUAUCCUCAAACCCACAGCACAUUUUCGGUCGGGAGGUACCUUCCCUAUCUUCGAAGAAGUCAUUGAGACCAGUUCCAGCCAGGAUCAUUCCUAACCGAAUGGCUUGCCGAUUCGAUGAUCGCUGUGGAUUUGACACCGGCAACGUUUGACUCAGAACUACCCAAUGACGGUCUCGAUAUGUCUAAAAGGGCAUUGGCUAACACAAUGUCAAACAAGGAAAUCUGUUCGCCCUUGUCUGAUCUCGUCAACUGCCAGCUCGGAAAAUGUGCAUGUUGCCACACUUACAACGGAGUCACCUUGCACUUUAUAGCAGUCAGCCUUUGCUAAUAAAUGGUUCACUUCCUGCUUGAGCAAUGCGCUCUACAGAGGAAGGUCCAUUGUGGCCAUACAUAUGCGCGAUGCGCAUCCAGUCAUUAUGAACAAAAAGAUACCGCGCAGUAACUCCAUGGGGAGAUGCUUAGCUGAUCAAUGAUCAAAA